UUCAAUUGAGAGUUUUAUUACACACUGCAGAGCUAAAAUCUUGAUAUCUAGGUCUAAGCAUUAGACCUGCUUUAGGACAGUGUCUCUAAUACAAGAGAUUACCUUUAUGCGCACUGCACCAGCGGUGAAGCUCCCCCAUUAACAACUGAAAUCGCUGAGAGCUGCAUUAAGUGGUGGGACUUGAAGACAUUCUGGUGGGUCGGCAAUCGGCUGGUGGAGAGGAUUGAAGCAGAGCCCCACAGAGAGCAUGGCAAUCAGCCUUUGGCCAGCAGGGCGGCUGGCGAAGAGGCAUGGAGUGUCAAUCGGGCAGCUGGCAAAGAGGAGCGGCGAGCAAGUGCCCAGGGUUGAAGCCUUGCGUGAUGCAGCCUCUGCUAUGGAACAAGAAAAAGAAACCCUGCUAGAAAUGAUCCACAAUAUACAGAACAGCCAAGAUAUGAGGCACAUCAGUGAAGGUGAAAGAGAAGAACUUUGCCUGACUGCCAGUCGUCUGAUGAGCCGAACCCUCACUGUUGAGGUUUCUGUAGAAACAAUACGAAACCCACAGCAGCAGGAAUCCCUUUUGCACGCCACAAGAAUGAUUGAUGAAGUAGUCAAUAAACUCCUUGAUGAUCUGGAAGGUUACAAAAGCCGUUUAAGGUCACUUUAUGGUGCAUGCACAUCUGAGGUACCAUCUGGACCCAUUGAUCAGAAAUUUCAGUCUGUUGUAAUUGGAUGCGCUAUUGAAGAUCAAAAGAAAAUCAAAAGGAGACUAGAGAUUCUGCUUAGAAAUAUAGAAAACUCUGAAAAGUCAAUCAUGUUGUUAGAACAUCCAAAAUCAACUGUCCAACAGCUGUGCAACAACGAACAGGGUUAAAGUAGUACUAGCUCUUUGGGCAGAUCAAAGUUAAGUCUCCAUAAAGAAUGCACGGAAUGCAAAGAAAAUGUUACUUUUUAGCACUAAACUAAUAAUACUUUAGAGUGCUGGGUGCAAAUAUUAAAUAAAUACUGAUAGCACUGCCUUAGGUAUCAGAAAGAACAUAGAUAUUUUCUUUCACAGUGAAGAUGUGAUCUAAGAAUGCGAUCAGGUUUGCUCCUCUAGACUUGAACUUUAUCGGUACUGCUGCUGCAAAUUAUAAUUAAUGUACUUCUGCUGCACUCUUAAAGCUAAUCUAAUUUUUUUCUCUUAAGUUUUUGAAAACUUAAGCUGUUGUGUCAUGUACUAAGAUUUCACCUAGCACAUUUUUUUUUCCCUUUGGUGAAUACUCUGUAUGAAAGAGACUUAUGGGAAAAAGACAAGUCAUGCAAUAAAGAACAAAAAGUUGAUAUGCCACACUCCACUUUUAGUAAUGAAUAACUUUGUUAGUUACUUGGCACUGUAGCGCAAGAUGCUUUACAGAAAAUGAUAAGAAUUGACCCCAUUUUACAGACAUUGUGGUAAAAUAACACAAGGUCACACAGCAGGCUGGGAAUAGAACCCAGUUCUUCUGACUAAGGGCAGGUCUUCACUACCCGCCAGAUCAGUGGGUAGAGACCGAUCUAUCAGGGAUCGAUUUAUUGUGUUUCAUCUAGAUGCGGAUAAAUAGAUCCCCGAAUGCGCUCCCCGUCGACUCUGGAACUCCAGCUUGCGAGAGGCGGAAGCGGAAUCGACGGGGGAGCGGCAGCGGUCAACUCGCUGCCGUCCUCACAGCCAGGUAAGUCGACCUAAGAUACAACUUCAUCUAUUCACGUAGCUGAAGUUGCAUGUUAGGUUGACCCCCCGACCCAAGUGUAGACCAGGGCUAACAGUUCCAUGCUCCAUCCACUAGAAGGCAGCAGCAUUCAGACUGUUUAUUAACUAAUGCUCAGUUUGGGGCUGCUGUGGGCUAAUGAUUUCAGAGUAACUUACAAGAGGAGUUAUGCAGAACUGCUUUCAUGUCCUGCAAAUCAAAGAUACAUUUUUUUCCCGUUAAUCCUCUAUGAAGCAUAACAAAGUGAAACAGCUGGAUCCACAAACAUUUUUAAAUGGAUUAUAUUCAGUUCUGGUGUAAGCAGAUGCUGCUCUCAUUAAAAUCAAUGUAAAUUGCUUCUGCUCAUGCCAAAAUGGAGGUUAGCCUGUUUCCCCAAAACACAAAUAUCUUUUUCAUGUUCAUCACUGGUGUUUGUUAUAAAAACGAAAACUUUUGUAGAUCUUCCUAUUUGUACACCGUGUUUCAUAAUGUCAAACACUGGGUGAAGUUGAUUAUUAAAUGAAAUUUUAAUAACAAGAAAAA